AUGCCACAUAUCAGUGCCCAUCUGAGCUGCCUUUCAGUGCCACCUAUCAGUGCCAGUCAGUGCUGCCUAUCAGUGCCCGUCAGUGCCGCCUAACAGUUCCAUGCCAGUCAGUGCCACCUAUCAAUGCCAAUCAGUGCCACUUAUCAGUGCUGCCAAUCAGUGCCACCUAACAGUGCCAGUCAGUGCCACCUAUCAGUGUCAGUCAGUGGCGCCUAUCAGUGCCAUGUAUCAGUGCUGCCUUUCAGUGCCCAUCAGUGCCACCUACCAGUGCCUCCUCAUCAGUGCUGCCCAUCAGUGCCACCUAUCAGUGUCCAUCAGUGCAGCCUCAUUAGCGCACAUCAGUGAAGGAGAAAAAUCACUUAUUUACAACAUUUUAUAACAAACUAAGAAAAAACAUUUUUUUUUCAAAAUUUUCAGUGGUUUUUGGUUU